AUGGCAGCUAUGCAGCAACCACAUCAUGGCUCGGGAGCCACGUCCGAUCGCCAAAUGCCACAACUUCCCCAGCUCACUGCGAGGAAUUUGCCGGAACCUCCCAUGGACCGUGCUGGUUCUCCACAUGGCUCCGAGCAUUCUCGUUACUCGGCUCCUCGUUCGACCCUUGACGGCAUGCACAGGUAUCCUUCUCCCAGCCCCAUGCACGGUCCGCCGAUGACAAUGCCCAUGCCUGGCCACGGACAGCAGCAACACAUCGCACCCCCGGCCAUCACCAUGAUUCUUCCUGGGGCACCCCACGACAUGGCCAUGCCCAAGACUUCAUCUGCCCCCCAGGCCCAGGUCAAGGCCUUCCCGUGCAGUACUUGCGGCAAGCGAUUUGCCCGAAGGAGUGACCUCGCCCGUCAUGAACGCAUCCACAGUGGCAUUCGACCCCAUGUUUGCGACUUCCCUCAGUGCGGCAAGCAGUUCAUUCAGCGAUCUGCCCUGACUGUGCACCAGCGUGUCCACACGGGAGAGAAGCCGCACAUGUGCGAGCGUUGCGGGAAGCCGUUUAGUGACAGCAGCUCCCUCGCCCGCCAUCGUCGCAUCCAUUCGGGAAAGCGACCGUACAAGUGCCCAUAUGCCGAUUGUCAGAAGACAUUCACACGCCGUACAACCUUGACGCGGCAUCAGAACCAUCAUACCGGGACCGUGGAAGAAGCAGCGGCAGCAACGGCGGCGGUUUUGGCUGCGCGCACCAGCGCAAAGCCAGGCUCGGUGCGCUCUGAUGGAGAAGGCAUAUCCAACCACGGAUCACCGCUGACGACGCCUUCGCCCGGUCAGCGGACUCUCUCCAUGUCCCCUAGUGCCGAUCAGAUGCAGCGGAACAAUGCGGAGUUCCAGUACAUGGGCAAUGCCUCCCUCCCUGUUCACAUGCAACGCGACAUGCACGUGGGAAGCCCCGUGCCCACGACCUCGGCAGCAUACAGCAACGGAAUCCGACCUACCUCGCAUCCCACUGGGUAUGGCAUGAUCCCGCCGCAAACCUUGGAGCCGAGUGUGGAGCAGCACUCGGGUGCAGGAAGUGCCGGUGGAAGCCCAGCUAUGGGAAGCAUGGGCUGGCAGUCUCCUUCUCACGUGGCUUCGCCCUCGCACAGCGGCAACGGCAACGGCUACAUGUACCCGGAACCCGAGAGCUAUCCCUCGGGUCCGACCCUGAGCGGCCAGAUGUUCUACGGCAACCCUGCUCCAGUCCGUCGGCCGCAGAGCACGGAACCCCCGACCGGGUAUGACGUUAAGCCGCGUCACAACGAGGUGUGGACGAGUGCCCAUUAG